AUGACCGCGGCCCAAACGUCCUCCUUGGAACUGCUGGCCCAAGAAGAGGAGGAGCAGUGGGAGAAGGAGAACUCCCACGACAAGGCCGCCGGCACUCCCUUCUUCGUCUCUCCCCCGGCGGUCGCCACCCGCCCACCACGUAUUACUCGUUCGGCCCAUCCAUCGUUGGCAUCAUCACCUUCCGCCUCUUGUUCCGCUGCAUUGGCCGACGAUCAACCACUCCCGCCGUCCCCGUCUCCUGGCACCUUGUCGCCGCCGCCUCUGCCACCACGCCUGCCCGGCUAUUCCAGCGCGCCACACCGGCCCGUGUCGCCCACCACCAGCGCGGCCGCCGACCACCGCUCGCGCCGCAAAUCGCUUGCGCUCUCGAACUGGCAGGCCUCACGCGCCACGCAGGCAGUUCCUGGCGGUCAGGAAUCGCUGGAGGGCCUCCUGGACUUCCUUGACUCGCCCAGCGCAUCGCCAUCGGCCACGCAGCGGACGGCACCCCCAUCGCCCGCGCCUGCGACGGAGACGGCCGGAUCGCAGCCACUGCCGGUGGCUGAGUCGCCGCCUCCUAUGGGUCGAGGGGCGUCGAGCGAGAAGGCGCAGAGGAGAGAACGAAGGAAGAGGGAGAAGCGGGAGAAGAAGAUGGAGAAGGAGAGACGAAAGAACGAAGAGAAGAACAAGAAGCGGGCGCAGAAGGAAUUGCCGACGAAGCUUUCGGCGGAGGUGCACAUGGCGGCGGAUCAACAAGCUGGGACCAAGUCCCGCGGUCUGUUCAGGAGGAGGGAGGCGCGUAUGACCUGGAGCCCACAGGUGGCAGCCGAAACGAUGUCGGACAGCCGUGGCCUGUUUGUUUGA